AUGUCCGCGUCUCGUCGCAAGGCUCAUUUUGAGUUGUGGGUCAUAGGGCGGGCAGCUUUAUCUGAUCAAGGGCCGAGGCACAAGGGUCCUGGUACUAUCCAAGUGCGAAGAACCCCGGAGAACAAGGCAGCAAAUAAAGCAGAAGAGAUCGCUUUGGAAUUUCAAGACUUAAAAAAAGUAGCAAGAAGAUUUGAUUCCACAGAGAAACGUAUAAUGGAGAUUGAGGAUUACAGUGGCGUGCAAGAUUUGCAGCAAAGAACUGCGUUGCCUACUCGCAGUGGCAAGAGCACUAUGGUUGGUCUUGAUGCGGAGUCGAUAGAGAUAUUGAAUUGGCUGGAUGGAAAUUUGUUGGCACGUGAUACUCUCUCCAUUUGUGGGAUGGCCGGAAUUGGGAAGACCACUUUUGCUAGAAAAAUUUACGAUCAUCAACGAGUACAGGAGAUUUUUCAUGUUCGUGCUUGGGUAACAGUAUCUCAGAAUUAUGAUGAGCGUAAAAUCCUACUAGAUCUUCUACAUUCUAUGAAAAAACUCUCAGGCGAGACGCAAAAUUUAGAAACCUGUGCCUUAGAAGAAAAACUGCACAAGAAUCUAAAAGGUCGGAGGUACCUCAUUGUCAUAGAUGACAUAUGGGACACGAAGGUUUGGAAUGAUGUCAAUCGUUUAUUUCCAGUUGACAAGGAGAAAAGUCGUAUCAUACUGACUACUAGGCUGGAGGAAGUGGCUUUUUAUGUCCAGUCUUCAAGACCUCCUUAUCAGAUGCGUUUUCUAGAUGUAAAUGAAAGUUGGAAGUUAUUUUGUGAGAAGGUGUUUGGAGGAGAUUGUUGCCCCGGUGAAUUGAUUCAAACGGGGACCGAGAUUGCCAAAAAAUGUGGUGGACUUCCACUUGCAAUUGUUUUGAUUGGAGGGCUCCUCUCAAAGUCCACCCAAACGCAAAAUUACUGGGAUUAUGUUGCGAAGAAUUUAAGUUCGGUUAUAGCUUCACAUGAUGAUCAGUCGUCAAAGAUAUUGCAUUUAAGUUAUAACAAUCUGCCUCAUCAUCUGAGAGCAUGUUUUCUCUAUAUGGGAAUUUUCCCGGAGGAUUAUGAGAUCCUUGCAUCCAAACUUGUCAAGUUAUGGACUGCAGAAGGUUUAAUAGAAACAGAGACCAGCAAAAGCUUGGAAGAUGUGGCAGAUGAGUACUUACUGAAUCUUGUCGAGAGAAGCCUUAUUUUGGUUUCUAAGCGGAGUUCUGAAGGCAAAAUUAAAACAUGCAAAAUCCAUGAUCUCUUACGCGAGUUUUGUGUGAGAGAAGCUAAGAAGAAGAGCAUCUUUCAUGUCACUGACGGGAGUCUCGGUGAUCUUCCGAAAGAAAUAAGUACGAGUCAUCUCACUUAUACGAAUCUCCAGAGGCUUCCGGCAAACUUUAUCAGUUUGCGUAGGGUAAGUAUUCAUCCAAACCCACGAACUAAUUUUCGUCAUGCUUAUAAUCUACCUAUUUCAGUUGUCCGAUCUGUUUUGAAUUUUGAUCCCACACUCUCUCUUUCAGUAAAAUUUCUAAACUCUGGUAGUCUAAUCAGAGUAUUGGAUACAGAGAAUGGAAAUAGCUCUGAUUUCCCAACUGAGACAGUAAAACUACUAAACUUGCGGUACCUUGCCUGUUUGAAUGGCGUUAGGGAGUUACCUUCACCAAUACACGAACUUAGAAAUCUGCAGACCUUGAUUCUUUCUUGUGUGGAGUCGUCAUUUCGUCUACCGUUAGAAAUAUGGAGGAUGCCACAGUUAAGACAUGUGCAUUUGAACUCGGUGAUUUUGCCUGAUCCUCCCAUAGAAAGAGUUGAAGAGGAAAACUCUUUUGUUGUUCUACACGACCUUCGAUCUCUUUCCACCGUGGUGAAUUUUAAAUUUGUGGAGAAUAUCCUCAGAAGAAUUCCAAAUCUAAAGAAAUUGGGGGUCUUAUAUGAUGAUAUAAGGGCGGAUUGGUCAGACUACUAUCUCAAUAAUCUUGAACUUCUAGAAAACCUUGAAGCAUUGAAAUGCCGUUUUCAGUUCCCCCGUCAAACUUUCUUGCAGAAGAUUCGUUUCCCCCCUUCACUCAAAAAGUUGACUUUAAGGGGCUGUUUUCUUCCUUGGGAAGAUAUGACGAUUAUUGGUUCAUUGGAAAAACUUCAAGUGCUAAAACUGAAACGCAAAGCCUUCAGCGGAACAGUGUGGGAACCAAAAGAAGGAGAAUUUCUUCAAUUAAAAUUUCUGCUACUCGAAGAAAAUAAUCUGGAGGAUUGGAACGCCGAGAGUACCCACUUCCCGAAACUCGAAAACCUGAUCCUUGACAAUUGCAAGCGUCUGAAAGAGGUCCCUUGUGGUAUUGGACAAAUACCAACACUUCAAAAAAUUGAGUUGUAUUAUUGCAGCGAUUCACUUGCGACUUCAGCUAAAGAUAUCUAUGAGGAACAACAAGACUUGGGAAAUGAGGACUUUCAAGUUCGUAUUCUGGAAAUGACGGCUGAUGAGUAUGAAACUUGUUGA